AUGGGUCUGUUCGACUUCCUCCCCUGCUGCGGCCGGCGGUCUGUCGAGGACAAGGACGAUGAGCCGACUGACACGGACCCGCUGCUCGCCCCCGUGCGCCGGGGCGCUGAGAGCAUCACGUCGCAGGAAGGCUACGGCGCCGUGUCAAUGUCGGCGAGCGAUUCCGGCGGGCUGAGCGGUGCCCAGCGUGCGCGCAUUGCCGAGAUUGGUCGUGAGGUUGGCAACCACAUGCUGCCCAUCAACCAGGCUUCGCGCGCAGCAACCACGUCGCCGUCCGCACGCGUCCCGUCCACCAGCGGCGGUGUCCGUCCCCCAUCGCCAGACUCGACCUCUUCCCCGUCGCGCCCUACGACCCCGUCCCCGGCCCACGGCGACGGCGAGUACGGCAGCGGCUCCGGCGUCCUGUCGCCGCCUGAGGACGACGCCGAGUCGAGCUCACGACACAACCGCAGCGGCGCAGCCACCCCUGCCGACGGUGCCAGCGCGGCCGUGGACGCCGACGGCGUCGUCCACAAGACGCUCUUCCACGGCUCCAACCCCAACAACCGCGGAAGCCACGGCAAGGGCUCGCGCGGCAAGAAGGGCGGACGCGGGCGUGGUCGCGGGCGCAGCAAGAAGAUGAAGUGA